GGGUGUGUGGGCAGGGAUAUUGAAAGCUUGGAGAAGAGGUUGCCCCAAAUUGCAGCACCCUCCGCUUAUUUUUGAGAGAAUAAUGACGCAGCCCUUAUUCAAUAAUCCCUUCUUGCUCAACCUGCAGGGACUUCCUUUUGGAUGUUUUGGACCACGAGAGUUUGGGAAUGCUUGGAUGUCUCAUGGGAUUGGAACCAUCGCUGAUAUUUGGGAUGUGACUACUGCUGAUUGGAAAACUGUAGAAUCUUUAGCCCCGAGACUGCUUGGAUUGUGGCGGCAGGAGGAGCACUUGGAACAGGAGGAGCAAAAUGCUGUUCCACAGCAAUGGGUGCACACAUUAAGAAUGGGACUCAGGCUGGCUAAAGGAAUGUGGUAUAAACAGGCUCAACAGCAUAUGCCUGAUUGCAUUUGGAAAAUUGAAGAUUACUCGGAAGUGGUGGAAAUCCCGAUCACCUGUUGGCAGGUGCGAGGAGGCGCCGAUUCCUUGGGAGAGCCUCUGUUGUACUCUGAGGAGCAGCUUCCCCUUCCUCCUGUUGAACAGCUGUUGCCAGUUUGUGUGUCGGAGCAGAAACAAAGGUAUAGACCCUUCUCCUUGCAGAAGCCUGCGUAUAAUUUGCCCAUUGACCCGCGUAAUUGGGCGUGGGAGCACCCGCUGCGUCGCAAUGAAGUGGUCACUCUGUCAGAAUACACCACCAAGCUGGGCUACCAAAUAAUGACUCCGCCGAUUGAUGUCAACUGGACAGUGGCUAGAAGAUGGAUGGCGACAGGGUGGGUGGCAGACACUGUGACAAGGUUGUCUGCAGCACUCCCGGGCUUUUGGAAGCAGCUGAUGGACUUGGUGGUGAGUACGCAUUCAAGCCUAUUUUGGUUGCUGAUGCAUUUGCCGGUUAAUACUUGGUGCGCCAAAAGAACAGUGAAGGCAACACCGGAAUGUCGGAUAUGCCUGGGAACUCGGAUGGAAGAUAUCCAACACUUCGUGCUACAAUGCGACCUUUCUUGGCCAUUUUGGGAUUGGUGGAGACACUCGGGUGUGCUAGUACCGGGGGUGGCAACCCGUUGGGACGACGGUUUCAUCCUGUUGGGGAUAGCUGCCAGGAGAACUAGACCACUCUUACAAUAUGGUCACGCGGAAGAGACUAUUAGAGGUGCCAUUAUAUGGGCCCUGUGGAAUCUCAGGAAUGGCAGGGUGAGGAGAGAUGAGCUCUUGACACCACCAAUGGUCAGAGCAGAGAUUAAAUAUUCCAUUAAGCAGGCCAUAUCAGCAGAGUGGGAAUAUCGUGUCCAGAAAAAGGGCUAUUCGGCCAAGUCCAUCAAGUGGUUUGGAAGUAGAUGGGGAGCCUUUUCGGGACUUGUCACUGGAGACACACCGUUGGAUGAGCCACCAGUGUUGAAGUUUUCUCCUUUCUUUGUGUGAUUGCUGUUUAGUCUACUUUGGCUUACUUUAGGCCUCUCAGGUUAGCAGACUCUUAGUUUUGUUUCUAGUUUCGUUCCUAGUUUUGGUUUUAGUAUUGGGUUUAGUUUUAGUUUUAGCUUUGUUUCACUUCUGGUUUUGUCAAACUGUGUCCUUGCUUGAGCUGUUGCAUCAUUCAAAACUGGAAUCGACCCGUGGUCGGAUGGGCAAGGUCGGGAGUGCCUUACCCAGCCACAUGGCCUACGUAACAAAUGUAAGGGACGCCG